GGAACGUCCAUGGUCUAAUGAGUCGUGUAAUACGAGAUGUUCGGAGGAGACCCAGUUUCUCCAAAAGGAGAUGGGAAGGGGGGAGACUUGGGAGGAGAGAAGAGGUCGCGACCUCCGUGCAGCACCAGCAGCUAGCAGCUCCCUUGACUUUCAAAAGCCCCCUCUAUCUUUUCCUGAAGAAAAAUUUUGCUCCUCCUACAUCUUCUUCUUCUUCUUGUCUGUUGGAUCUUUUUUCUUUUUCUUAAGCUCCGCCUAGCUGACUGGCUGCCAGGGCCGCAUAUAAACGGACUAGCGUCGCAGCAAACUCUAUGCAUAUUUUAGUUAGUCGACUUAUAGAGUGAGUGUCGCAUACAGUCUUCUCUACUCCGACUACAAGUUCAUCCGACACAUUCAGUGCAGAAAUUAUUAUUUUAAUUAUUUUGUGAAAAUUCUGAAUCAUUUGAUCUCCACCUGUACGUGUCAAAUGGACACUCUGUCGUCUUUCAUCAAAGAAGAGCAACUCCUUCACCAACAGCAACAGCAUUCCGACAUGUUACCUCUUUACGACCAUCACGAGUACAGCGACAGUCACGUCCAUCAUCACCUGCAGCAUCACGAAAACAGCCUGUCACCUCUCAGCAAUCACCAUCACAAUCACCACAAUCAGACGAAUAAUAAUAAUAACAGCCGCAAGCGGCGAUCGGAACACUCGCUGGAUUCCGAUUCCGGCGGAUCGGAGCACAGCGGAGACAGCGGCGUCCAGCAGCAGCAGCAGCAGCACGGCAGAGACGAGUCGUCGUUGAUGAUGCCGUCCAGCAGCAAACAGAGGCGAAUUCAGCAGCAGCAGAGGCACCGGUCGUCGGGCGGCAGUCAUCAGAUGGAUCACGGGUCGAGUUCCGGCGGAAGCAACGCCUCGCCGCUCCCGCUCAAUCACCUCCAGCAGCACCAAGACGUCCAAUCGCAGCGCGUUCUGGCCAAUGUCAGAGAGCGCCAGCGGACCCAAAGUCUCAACGAGGCCUUUUCGGCCCUCCGCAAAAUCAUCCCCACCCUUCCGUCCGAUAAACUUUCCAAAAUCCAGACGCUCAAAUUAGCCGCCAGAUACAUCGACUUUUUAUAUCAGGUUUUGAGGACGGACGAUGAAACGAUGGGCGAUUCGACGUCCGUUUUACCUCCGUCGGGUCACGGGCCGUCGAUGGUGUCGCCGGAUUACCCGGCCACUUCUCCCGAUCCUCCUCAAAUGAUGGCGGGCAAUCAUAACAACAACAACAAUAACAACCGGAUGAAUCUGGCCAGCGGAAACGGCAGUGGCGGUGGUGGAAACAUGGGCGGCAAUUCCUCGUUUUUAGCCAACGAAUGUUUGAGCUAUGCCUUCAGCGUCUGGCGGAUGGAAGGAGCCUGGAACAGCAGCCAGGCCGACUUGUCAUCCUGAAACUAAUCAACAAUUGCUGAAAUCAUUUGGGCAGUGCAAACUGCUGGUCUUUCCUAUACGAAUAUUCCAGGCUAAAAUGAAAUCGAAACACUAGCCGUGCCAAAAUGUUAUAUUUAGUCUCAAAAAAUCAUCCGAAAAAAUGUUGUACAUGUUUCUUUUUGUCUUCGAGAGUUAUCGUAUAUACUAUGUGUGUGUCUUUUUAUAUUUUGUUUUGUUCCGAUGGGAGAGUUGAAAGAAAAUAAUAAUAAAAUGAACCUGAAAAAUA